GUCAGAAAGCAACUGAACUAAUCUUGUCUCCAAAUUUGAGAGAAAGGGGAAUUGUAAAGGAUGGUUAAAUGAAUACAUAUUUUACUGUUAGCAAUAUACUUAGAAAGUGCCCCAUGGGAUUCCCCAGCUGGUUUUAAAAUGGGUUUGAUUAUAAAUCCAUUCUUAAAGCUAUAGGUAAAGAGUUAUAUAAAAAGCUAGUAUUCAAACAUUUCUAAUCAAUUCAUAGAAAAUUGAAGAUAAACACCCUUCACUCACCUUUAAGUUACGGUUCAUCAUGUACUAUACAUGUACAGAGGCAUAUCAUAGAAAAAAGGCAGCUUUAUUUCUGUUGCCACAUUUACGUGCGUUUCAGGGGGAGAAGCCUUCAAUUUGCACAGCCGUUUGUUACAAAAAUCUUUUGGAUUGCGAAUCAGUUUCUGACGAUAAUCCAGUUAAUUUAUAUAAUACAAUUAACAUAAUUGCCACAUUUACGUAUUAAUCUCUGAUUCCUGGGUUUUUCAUUUAGACACUCAAUCCGUUUGGAAUAAAAUGUAGUCAUAAAUAUUGUUCCUGCCUAUGGAGAUCUGUCCACUGCCAACAACAGCUGUUAUAUGGUUCUCAAGCAGGAAAUCGCUGACAAGGAGUCAAGCAGAAACUCUGAAAACAAAUCCCUUUCUGCAGAGAAAAAAAUCAAUGUUGUAGGCCUUGAACUUAUUCAUUCAAGUGCAGAGGCUGUUAGUGUAAGCAACCAGAAGAGUUUGCUUAUUUCUGAGGUAGAGAACACUGAGGUGGAUACCAAAAUCAAGGAAUCAUCUGUGACUAAAGGAAGCACUUUGACAAGAACAGGUAGUGUCAAAGAGCAGACGUUCUCAGGUGGUGAAGACGACAAGAUACCCAGAAGUGCAUCACAGGGGGAGAAAGGUGAUUUAAAGUUAAAGAAAAGUAAAAUGCCUACACAGAUCACUGGCUGUGAUUCUGAGCCUCUGGGAAAAGAGUUGAUGAGCUCUGGAGGUGGACUUUUAAGCAUCAGUAAUGCUGAACAGGAGGCUAAUAAUAAACCAAGAACAAGCAGCAAGGAUACAAAUGGUCAGCCACCAAGCAGGUUAACAGUUACCCCAAACAGUGUUGCUGUAGCAACCAACCCAUUAGCUGAAGAUAGUGCAUCCAAAAAGCAAACCAAUGGCCAGUUGAUGUCAAAUGACAAGACAGGAUCCUUGAAGAGACUGAACCAGAACCGGAAAAGUUUGAGUAUGGAAAUGAAGUAUGAAAAUGACACAGGCGAGUUAGCAGCUAAAGUCAGCAUGAGCCCCAGAUAUCAGCUGUUUUUGUCCGAGGAGAAUCGGGAUAGGCUUACAGAUACAGCUCAUACAACAAUCCAAAAUGAACAGUGUGGACUGAAACACACUGUGAAGAAUACAAACCCAGCCUUGUCAGAGGGAUCCGCUGUUACCAGAACCACAGACUCAGGGUUGGAUUCGACUAUAGGUUCAGAACGUGGACAUGAGAUUGAUCCAGACCUGGGACCAUCUACAAAUCCAAACAAAACAGAUAGGGUUGAAGCAAAUGAAUUCGUGGGAGGGAACUAUUCUGAAGCUUUAUCGAUUAAGAUUCCUGGCAAUGAGACCCCACCCAGGACAUUUAAUAGCCCAUAUAGAUCUCUAUCUGCUGAAUAUGACCGAAUCUUCAGAAUGUCCGACUUCAAGGAAUGCCUGUCUCCUUCACCCUCAGAAGUCUCUUUCAACUCAGUGAGCUCGAACAGCCAGUGGAGCGGCGUUGCUCUUCCCCCAACCAGCUUCCCUCAAGGUAGAUUCGCUAUCUAUGAGAGCUGGGGCAGGCUUAAGGGGAUGUUGCCUGCCCUUCCUAAUCUACGACCUGGAAUUCACCACAAAAGAGAUUAUAUUCAGGAGCUCAUCAGGCUUUUAGAUGUCAGUGAAAAGAGAAAUGCUUUUCUGGAGGCAGAGAGCUUGGAGAUGUCCCGGGAGAGAGGCCAGAUACGGUAUGAGAUGAGAGGGAUACUGGUGAAGAACGAGGACAUGAUCAGGAACACGACAGUGAUGCAGAAUGAAUUAAAGAAGCUAAAGGACAGGGUCGUGGAGCUGGAACGAGAAAACUUCACGCUGAAUGAGAGUAUCACACACCUGGAGAGAGAGCUGUCAAAUACAAAGGAUGUUCUGGGAGAUGUUAAUGACCAAGAAUAUGCAUUUACCUACCUACAGCAGUCUCUACAUCAAAAACUACUUGAAGCUCAGGAGGCCUUGGAUAACCAGAGCAAGCAAUGUGAUGCAAUGGCAGAGAAGCUGUGGCUGGCUGAGAGGAACCAAGGCCAGCUGGAGAUGGAGAAGCAGAACUUGGACACAAAAAUUGUUAGCCUCAGCAGCACUGUGCUCAGGCUAGAGACAGAGCUCGGGGAAGCACUGCAGGUGUCAGCUGAGGCUGCUGCUGGGAUGACUCUCCACCAGCAGUACAAGGAGACGACCCAGAAUAGCAUCAAGGAGCUGGAGGAGAGGCUGAACGAGAAAUGCGAAGAGCUGGCGGAGGCACAGUGUACGAGGACUAGACAACUGGAGGAGUGGUCCUUAAAGCAGCUGGACAAAGACAGGCAGUUAGAAGAGGAGAUACAGCUGCGGGAACGACUGCAGCUGCUGUCCAAGCAAGCGGAGAGAUCCAUCGAAGACCUUCAGGUGGACCUCCAGACAACAACCCAGGCCAAGGAAGAGCUUAGCAAGCAGCUCAAGCAGGCCCAGGAAAAAAUAAUUGAUCUGGAAAGUGAUUUAGAAGAAAUGAAUGACACUGAACAUCGAUGGGCAGGAAAACACAAAAGAACCAUGGAACAGAAUGAGCAGCUACAGAUCAAGUUACUUCAUGAAAGAGAUUUGAGGGAACAACUUGAAUGUGACAAGCUGAUGCUGGAGAAACAGAACAAAGAUCUAGAACUUGAAGUGAGGGACCUGCGGAGCUCUCAAACACAUGAGGACAUACUCUCUAAGACGGAACUAAAGGCCAAAGAGAUGGAAAGCAGCCUGAGAGCUGAAGAGAGGAACAAAGCCACGCUGAUGGGCGUAAUCCAGAAGCUGGAGAGGAAGAAUAAAGAUCUGUCUGAGCAGAUGGAUGAAGAGCAUCGUCAGUUAGAGGAAGAAAAGGAUCAGCUGGGGCAGCGAGUGAAGAGCCUGAAACGGCAGUUGGGCCAAAUGGAGGAGGAGGUGGAGCGGCGGGAGACUCAGAACCGCCACGCUCAGAGAGAAAUGGCGGAACUGAAGGAGUCAAACAGUCUGCUCCAGAAACAACUGUCUGACUUGCAGAUUCGACUCAAGCUAAAGGAGUCCUUUGUAAUGAAGAAGUCCGGGACACACGGAACAUGAGAAUAGAUCUGGAUAGCGAAGAAGAGGAAGAAGCAGUGUCUGACAUUCCUAAACAAUAAGAGCCAACAGAUCAGUUGAGUUACCCAUUCUCAACAGAACAUGUCAUACAUAGACUCGGUAGAUUUGUAUAUAUAAAAAUAUGUAUUUUAACAGGAGGUAAGGUUAAUUUAGAAAAAAAAAAAUCUUUACUAGCAAGUACACUGACUUAAAAACUUGCUCCCGAGGCAAGUGGGAGGCACUGCUUAUUAAUUCAUAUAGAGAUGUUGAGCUUACAGAAGUAAGGGAGGGUGACCCAAAUCAGGAUGUUACACUGAACACUGUCUGUAAUUUCAUUCUUGAAAAUUGGUGGUAAUAUAAAAUAACGCAGAUGGAUAAGAGGGUGUUUUAUUCCAGAAAUUAUUCCUAUUCGGAGUAUUAGGCCAGCACUAAUACAUGGUAUUCCAACCAAGCUCUGGACUGGAAAGUCAACUGUCCAGUCACACAGUUUGAUAUAUUUUUGUUCUUAUGGAAACUAGUAGAUGUUUAGCAAACAUUUAAGAACAAAUAAAUACAUAGUUUCAGAGUUUAACUCUUCUUGAUCUAUACACAAAGUGUUGUAUUAUUCUUUGCUAUUGCACACGGGAAAAUGACGUCUUGUGUUCUGUUCGUUUAUACAUAUUGUUUGGGUUUUGUUUUGUAUAAUGGACAGUAUAAUAAGUAAGGCUAAAUGUAAUGUGUCACUCAGUUACAUUCAAACCCUUUUCAUAUUGUGGUGGUGGGUUUUGAAAAUCCCAGCCUUGAGGAUUCUGUCCAAAAUGUACUUGUUAGCUGCCAGCUUGCACAAAGUCUUCAGCAGAGGAAAAGGUGUUUUGGGAAAAGGAGCAAUAUUUUUGUUAUUUAUAAAUAAAGUUACAUACUGUAAUACAACGUGAUCAUGGGACACUGUAGAUUUAAAUUGGGUCUCAGUUACUUUACAGACAUUUUGAUAUUUUUUUUUAACAUGGACUGUUUAAAGCUAUAUUCAUAUUUAUUGUGUUGGUCACAUGCUAUAUACAGAACUAACUUUAUUUUUAAUGGGUGUUUUUUUCUCCUAUUACAAUAAAAAUCUAUGUUAUA